UUAUUUUAUCGUCCUAUCUUCAACCCUCCAACUACAUCAUUAGAAAAACCCCUUCAACUACAUCAAAUCUCCAUAUAGGAAAAAGAAAAAAAGAAAAAUUGGUUACAAUAAUUCAAAAAGCUCUUGCAGAUCUACCAACCUGCACCAACAGCUACGUUAGUGGCUUUCAUGUCUACAUCAUGCUAACUUCUUUGCUUCAUCUCUAAAAAAAAUUAAACAAUCAGAAGAAAACCACAAACAAUCAUUGCUAUUUACUCUCCUCCCUUCCGUUUCAAGUCUUCCAAUGUCAUCUGUUCAUGGCUCCAUCAUCAAAAAAAGAUUGUUGAAUCACAACCUUAAAUUCCUUAUCACCUUACACGAAUAUAAUUUCAGGUACUGAUAUUUUCAUCUACCUCUCAUGUUUUCUCCCAUAAAAACAGAACCAAACAGAUCCCCUGUCUCCUCCUCUUCAUCAAGCUCCCCUGUUUUUUUCCCUUCAUCAUAUACCUAAAACUUGAACCCCAUUAUAUAUUCUCUGUGUCUGUCUUUCUUUUUCCCCAAAACAAAAUUGAAGGCCAUCAAGAACAAUGAAGCCCAAAACCCAAUUCUCCAUCAACCUCAAGCUCAUCCUCCUCUGCUCUUUCUUUCUCAUCCUCCUCCUCCUCCUAGUAAGAUCAAGCUUUUCAUCUUACCAGGCACCCAUCUCAGAAACCCACCUGUCAAACUCAACAGAACCCAUUCAAGAGCCACAAUCAACAACACCAGAAUGCUCAUCCCUCCUCUUGAAACCAACAUGCACCAAAACCCCACCUUCCCUAGCCAACGCCCUCAUCCACUACGUCACAACCAACAUCACCCCACAACAGACCCUCAAAGAAAUCUCAGUGUCAGCAAGAAUUCUAGCAAAGAAAUCGCCGUGCAACUUCCUAGUCUUUGGCCUCGGCCACGACAGCCUCAUGUGGACCUCCCUCAACCACGGCGGCCGUACAGUUUUCCUCGAAGAAGACAAGGCCUGGAUCGAGCAAAUCCUGGAACGUUUACCCACAUUAGAGUCCUACCAUGUUUCAUACGACACCAAAGUUCACCAGGCCGACGAGCUGAUGAAGAUUGGAAUGGGAGAAGACUGCAAAUUUGUGAGCGAUCCCAGAUUCUCAAAAUGCCAGCUUUCCCUCAAGGGAUUUCCCAGUGAAGUCUACGACAUUGAAUGGGACUUGAUUAUGGUGGAUGCGCCAACUGGGUAUCACGAUGAUGCGCCGGGGAGGAUGACUGCCAUAUACACAGCCGGGCUGAUGGCGAGGAACAGAGAGGAAGGCGAGACGGAUGUGUUUGUUCAUGAUGUUGAUAGAGUUGUGGAGGACAAAUUCUCCAAGGCGUUUCUCUGUGAAGGGUAUCUGAGGGAACAAGAGGGGAGGAUAAGGCAUUUCAAUAUUCCAAGCCAUAGGACUCGCCAGGGGAGACCCUUCUGCCCGUAGAGCUCUCUCUCUGCGUACCCUUUAAAUGUUCUUAUAUAAAUUCAUGGCUUCUCAUAAGAUAUUUUACUUGAGGGAAUUGGAGCUGUGGGAUUGUCGUUUUAUAUAUGAUGUAUAUUUUCAGUUGUCGCUGAUUUUUCCGCUGGAUGAUUUAUAUAUUAUUGAGAUUUUUAGGUGGUGGGUUUAUUUUUCUAGAACUUUGGAGGAGACCAGAGGCGUUACCGAGUCAAUCAAUGCAGGUGACUCUCUUUGAUCCUUUUCCACUACCAUUCUGUGUGAGAAAUAGGUUUUGAGCCCAAGUGAGUAAUCUAAUUAUGCAUUUAUU